UCAUUUUGUACCAAAACAACAUAUGUACUCUUCUAUUCUGCGCCGUCAUCUUCACAUGACAUUUUACAUUAUUUCACCAACAAUAGCACCAAAUUUAUUUUGAACAUUUAAACAGUACCUAAGUGAAGUUGAAAAUAAAAAAUCCUUCUUCAAGUUUUUGUGCCGUACUUGUGCAGUUUUCAAUAAAUUCAAAAUGAAGGAAGGAAAUUCACCAAAAAAGGAAGAUCCGCAAAAACAUAACAAAGUUGAAGGGAGAACUCACACUAUGGAAGAGCAAAGAAGGCGGAGCUAUGAUAUGAAGAGACAUUCUAUACUGUCUGAAACCCUGGUGUCACAUGCACUGAGGGAGGUAGUCUCUGACCACAUCAUGGCCGGACCUCAUGGAGCUCUGCAGCCUGUUACUUCACUGAGCAGUAUGCAACUCAGAGAGAGUCAGCGGUCUGGUUCCAGGCACACCGUUCUGGCAUUGAGCCUUGCAGAUGUUCAGUUACCAGUUUUAUUCGAGGAUGCCAUCAUAGAAACAAGCCACGGUUGUUUCCAGUAUAAACUGAUGGCACUAUGUGGAUUUAUUUACUCCUGUUGUAGCUUGAGCACAACAACACUAUCCUUUGUACUCCCAGCAGCUCAGUACGACUUCAAACUAACCUCUAUAGACAAAGGGGUUUUAAACACUGCUCCACUGUUCGGUAUGGUAGCUGGUGCAUAUAUAUGGGGCAACUUUGCCGAUAACAAAGGACGGAGAUUUGUACUAUUAUAUUCACUUUUGAUAGACGCGUUUGCUGCCUUUUCUUCAAGCUUCUGUCAGACAUUCACAUUAUUUUUUAUCUGCAGGGUUUUCAACGGGUUCGGGAUUAUCGGGGCAACAAGUAUCGUGUUCGCUUAUUUGGGAGAGUUCUUAAAUGUCAGUAAAAGAGACCGUUAUCUCUCGCGUCUUGAAUUGUUCUGGACAUUUGGAAUCAUCGCACUUCCUGUUAUAGGGUUUGCGAUUCUCCCUCGUGAUUGGGAGAUUGGUAACAAUGUGUUUAGCUUUAACUCUUGGCGGAUAUUUGUUUUCGCUUGUGGAAUUCCCAGUUUCAUUGCUGCAGUACUGAUUGCCCUUAUGCCCGAGAGUCCAAGAUUCCUCUACUUCAAAGGUUAUUAUGAGAAAACAAAAGAUGUCCUUGUACGAAUGUACAAGUCAAACACUGGGAAAACGAGAGAAGACUUUCCCGUGCAAGUUCUCUAUACGGACGGUGAUGAGGAACAUCACUUAAAACACGGAGCAAGCCGAUGGGUCAAAGUGAAACAUGUAAUUAAAGGAAUUUUAAAGCAACACAAAAUCUUAUUUAAAGGCCACUCGCUUUUUAAUAUCAUCAUAACAUGUUUCAUAGACUUUGGCCUAAUGUCAGUGUACUACACGUUCAUGCUAUGGGUCCCCGAACUGCUCCAUCGUCAUGCACGAUACCUAGAAGCUCAUUCUGCUGAGAGUGCGUUCAUAUGUACAGCAGUCAAAGAACCUGAGUCACUACAAGGAGACGAUGAGAAAGUGGACUAUCACACUUUGAUUCACACAUUUAUAAUCUGCUUUGCCUGUCUUCCUUCAAAUUUUAUGCUCUUGUGCCUCAUACAGUUUGUCAGUAAGAAAGCACUUCUAGUAACCUUCCUAGUGGGGGCUGCAGGACCUACCUUUGCUCUAUAUUUUAUGGACACAGAGUUCAAGCUGACAACGAUGCUUUGCUUGUUUGAGGCAAUCGCCACCUUGGUCGAGGCAAUUCUGUUUUGCGCUAUCGUAGAGAUUUUUCCUCUCAGCACUCGAGGAUCUGCGCUUUCUCUCACAGUUACAGUUGGGAGACUAGGAGCUAUCCUGGGCAAUAUUGUGUUUGGCCUGUCCUUAGAAACCCAUUGUAGAGAACUGUUUUUCAGUAUGAGUGGUUUGCUUUUGUUUAGUGGAUUAGCAGCUCUACUACUGCCCAAGAUGAGUGGGGGACACUGAGUAUACCUAAAGU